AUGGAAUUAAUAUUACCACGUCGUACAUAUUGUAUGGCUAUAGGCUAUAAUGGGACAAAUUACUAUGGUAUGCAGAUACAAUCUAAUACUAAUAAUUGCAAAUAUAUUGAAACUAUUGAAAGUAAAUUAGAAGAAGCUUUAAUUAAAUCAAGUAUGUUAGUAAUUAGGAAAAGUAAGAAUGAAUAUGUUAACUUAAAAGAAUUUAAUAGCUCAAGUUUUUUAACAAGUAUAAAUUGGACAAGAGUUGGUAGAACUGAUAAGGGAGUACAUUCAGUAUGUCAGAUAGUAUCAUUUAGAGGAAGUUUAAAAGUAUCUGAUAAUGACUUACAAGAAGAAUUAAAUAUAAUAAUGAAAUAUUCUGAGGAGGAUUUAAAUUCUUUAUAUAAUGAAAUUCGAGAAUGUAAUACAAUAAAGAAUCCUUUAAUCACAAAUCCAUUAUUAAAUAAUUGUAGUAAUAAAAAAAGUAUAGAAUCGGAUAGAUCUAAAAAGGAAUCUUUAGAUAUAGUGAUAGAAGAAACAAUUCAAAAUUAUUUAGUGAAGAAACUUAAUUUAAUACUACCACAAACAAUACGUAUUUUUACUUUAAUACGUGUAUCUAAAAAUUUUGAUGCAAGAAAAGAUUGUUUUAGACGUCAAUAUGAAUAUAUUAUGCCUGAAUAUGUUUUAUAUCCAGUGAAAUUUAUUAAACAAGAUUUGUAUGAGAAAUUACAAGGGAUUGCACAAUCUAGAAUUAUAGAGAAUAAAAAUAAUUUAAAAAGUAAAUAUAGAAAUAAGAGAAAUAGAGAUGAUUUAAUAAAUGACUAUAAUUAUUGUGAAGAUGAAGAUAUUGAUGAAAAUAAUAAUGAAAAUGAUCAGGAUUUAAAAGAGCUCAGAAUAAAAAGAUAUAAUCAACAUGAAUUAUUAAGAUCUAAUAAUUAUAACCUUGAUCAUUAUCCUUAUAUAGAGGAAAUAUGUUUUAAUAGAAUUGAAGAAUAUGAAUUGAAUGAAUUAGAAUUAGAGAGAUUUUCAAAGAUUUUGAAUCAAUAUACUGGAACUCAUAAUUUUCAUAAUUUCACAUCAAGAUUAGAAUAUAAUAAUGCAUCUGCAUGGCGUCAUAUAGAUAAGAUAAAUGUUAAUAGAUUACCUGUUAAAAAUAAAUUAAAAUUAUUGAAAAUUACAAUAAAAGGCCAGUCAUUUUUAUUACAUCAAAUACGUAAGAUAAUUGCUUUGGCUAUUGAAAUAUAUAGAGGGAGUGCUCCACUCUCUUCUAUUAAUUUAUGUUUUGGAUCAAGAAAAUAUUCAAUACAUCUAGCUCCAAGUCAAGGAUUACUUCUUGAUAGAGUAUAUUAUGAUCAUUAUAAUCAAAGAAUUAGUUCAUCAGUUAAUUUAAAUGAUGUUAAUAUACCCUAUUUAAUAUUUGAUGAUUUAAAGUUACAAUAUGUAAAAUUAAUUGAAGAAUUUAAAAUAAAUCAAAUAUAUCCUGUUAUUGAAAAAUAUAUUUUAGAUGGGAAGUAA